AGCAUACCACCUCAGCAUAGGUUAACUAAAAAUUAACGGCUGGUUAAUAUAUCAUAUUACUAUUGUGGUGACUAUAAUUUUCGGCUGCUUAAUAGUUGUAGCCAAUUAAAAUAUGGUUGUAAGUUGCGACAAAGAACUUUGUGAGGGCCAGAAGUGACGAAUUAUCAACAGAAAAAUUGGGCCAUUAGUCCAUUUUGCGAAGGGCUUUGACUCGGAGUUAAUGGGCCGCAGAGACUCGGCAUGGAUGAUGGACCACAAAAGGCGGUAACGUUCCCUUAUUUCUUCGAGGGUUUUCCUUUUCCCGGAUUCGUGCGAUAUUUCAGUGUACUUGCUGCUUCAGGGUAGUAGAGCGGAGAAAGAACAGAAGGCGGUCUAGGGUUUCUUGAGCAGUCCCUCCUAAUCAAUCAACCAUGGCGGACGAUGAUUACAACGAUGCCGAUAUAGGGUAUGAAGAUGAGCCUGCAGAGCCGGAGAUUGAUGAAGGUGCAGAGGUAGAUCUUGAGAAUGAAAACAAUGAAGAUGUGACUGGAGAACCUAUCGAGGCGGAGGACAGAGAAGACCAGGAGCCUGUGGAGAGACCUCGGAAAACAUCAAAGUUCAUGACUAAAUACGAACGUGCCAGGAUCUUGGGGACUCGAGCACUGCAGAUCAGCAUGAAUGCUCCAGUGAUGGUCGAGCUGGAGGGUGAGACUGAUCCACUGGAGAUUGCUAUGAAGGAGCUUAGGCAGAGGAAAAUACCAUUCACAAUCCGCCGUUACCUGCCUGAUGGAAGCUAUGAAGACUGGGGAGUCGACGAGCUUAUCGUGGAGGACUCGUGGAAGAGGCAGGUUGGAGGAGACUAAUUUCACACCUGCUGCCUUUUGUAUGCCAUGACCUAACUCUGCUAGUGUUGGAGUGGAAAGCUUCUUCUGUUGGAGUUUAGAACUUGAACCCAUUAUGUCUGCUAGUUGCCUGGUGAAGUUUGUGAUGGACUUUGGAACUUGGUUGUGUACAAACUUAAUGCUUCAAAUCUUUUAACUACUUACUCCCCAAUGUGUCGCGCGCAUCAUUAACACGAAUGAGACGACUAUAUAGGUGAUACCAGGAUGGGAUAAUUAUUCAGAGUAAGACUAGGAAUCCUUAUUAUCCGAUUCCCACGUUAACAUUCUCUGGUUUUGUUCAAACUACGUGAUCUAGGUAAUCAUUGUUGUUGCGGCUUUCAUUAGUAACCUGUAGCAAAAUUGGUACCAUUUAGGCGGUUUAACCAUAUGGCUUUCAUUAGUGACCAGUAGCAAAAUCAUACCAUAAGAGCUAUUUAACCAUUAAAAAAGGUUUCACCGUUAUAAAAUGAUUGAUCAUAU